GCUCACCUGCCAAAACCGGUUUCCAUUGACCUCACCAAGCCCUGUUCAUUGGUGCAGGUUGCAUGCGAGCAAAAAUCUUAACUCAGCUCAGCUUUAUAGUGAAUGACAUCACCCGCUUGGUUGCCCCAAGAUAUGGGUAUAAGUAAAACCCCAUACGUCGCCUUUAUUAUUAUCUGGAGCCACAACUAAUUUAGAACCCAUAACAAAGAACCGACUAAAACUUGUAGUUGAAAAAUUGACCCAACCCGCCAUCAUGCCCGCAGACCCAUCAAAGACCACGGCUCAGGAUGAUGCCCUCGAGAAGGCCGAAGCGAACAAGGAAACAGGCGCCGCAGCUCCCGAUGGUUUAGUCGGAGAGGAUGCAUUAGAUGCUGCCAUCGGGGACAAGGGAGACGACUCUGUAGCUGAGAAGACUUCGAGCCAGGAUGAUCCACUCGAGAAGGCGGAGGCAGAGAAGGAAAGCUAGUUACGGAUGUUGAAAUAAGGUUGACGGAGAUUGAUUCGGGAAUAGUGGUCCGUCAACUGUCGUCUGUAUACUGACAUCUUGUGAUGCUUUAAGCAUACCGAUGUCAUUACUGUUACCCCCAUCUUAUGUAUUGGCUUGGCUAAUAUCCCCUUAUUGAGGUCCCCACUUCAACCCGCAUGGAUUUUAUUCUCUAUGAACCAUACAUCCCACAAGCUUGUUUUCAGGCCCGGGCCUAAGGCCAUAACCUUGUAGUAUAUUACCCAUCUACCAGAACCAGUUGAGAUGCACAACCUUAUCAUUAGUAAUUAA